AUGUCUCACUUCGGCGCUGGUCGCUCCUCCGCACAGCCGGUGCCGCCCAUCGACUCCUUUGUUGAGGUGCUUCCUGUAGCGCCGCAGGUGGAGCGGCGGCGCGGGAUUCUGCGCUUCUACGGCCUAACGGAUUUCGCUGAGGGUGAGUGGGCCGGCGUCGAGCUCGUCGGGUGUGAGGGCCGCAACGAUGGAACGGUCAAGGGCGUUUUCUACUUCACGUGCGCAGCAGGCCAAGGCCUCUUCGUUCGACCCAACCUUAUUGUGCCAUACGCCCCAGCGAGUCCGACACCGGUGUUGGAAGCUGCCUCGGCAAAGAUCGAGGCGCUGGAAGAAGAGCUGCGGGUGGCGCGCCGCGAGGCAGUGGAGCGGGAGAGACUGAAGGACAGCCUCCAUGCGUCACUGCACAGCAUGCAGACGGAGCUCGAGCAGCUGAGAGUUGCAGCAGUGCAAGCAGCCACCAAGGUGGACGCCAAGACAGAGGACGACGAUGACGAACUCGCGGUGCAAGUGCAGCUGGAAUCGGUGCGACUUGAGUUUCAACGCCAGCUGAAGACCUGCGAAGCGGAGCUGAAAGCUGCUAAGCAGUCAGCGAGCGAAGCAGCGGCCGCCUGUGCCGCUGCCGAGAAACGGGAGCAGCAGGCAGAGAGCGCGCGGCAGUGUAGCGACGCGGCACAGGCAACGCUGCAGACCCGAAACGACGAGCUUCAGACGGAGCUGACCCGUCUGCAAGCGGAGCUAGCCACAGCAGUCACUCAGCAAGGUCAGUCAGCCCAGAACUCCUCCGAAGCUGCGGCGGAAGCCUCAGCCGCCUGCGCGGAACUGCGGGCUGCAUUGCGGGCCAAGGAAGCUGAGGUGCUGCAGCUCCGCGCAGCUCAUGCAGAGAUGUCUCGCACUCACGAGCGAAUUCAAGCAGCAGAAAAGGGCUGCGAAGAGCAACAGCGACGGCAGCUGCAGGGCACUGCGCGCGACGACGUCCUGGCGGCUCACGCGAGCGAAAUAGCACAUCUGCAAGCCGAAAUCGCCUCCAUGAAGACCGAGAAGGAGGCGUUGGCUAAAGCACAGCGCGACAAGGAAGAGCUGCGGGAACUGUGCCAACUGCUGGAAGAGGAGCUCAAUGAGCAGAAGACGCAGUCUGACGCGCUUACGCGCUUGGUGGAGGAGCUCGGUGCCGCCAAAGCCGCGGCGGAGGCUGCUGUCGAGGAAGCACAGCAGUCGGCUGCGCAGGAGAGGGCCCAUCUGCUUCGCGAACUGGAGGAAGUGCGUGCCCCUGAUGUACAGGUCACGGCGGCAGGCGCAGUCUCUGAAGGAGGAGUCACAGGCCGUCCAAGCACGAGCAGCACCGCCGCGGCAGAAAAACCCUCUCUCGAAAUCGCCUUUCAGCAGUGUCGGGACGAGCUGGACGAGGCGCGCGCGCGCAUCUUGCAGCUGUCCAGCUCCGAACAGGUGGUCCAGGAGCUGCAGCACCGCUGCGACGAGCUGGCAGAGGCGAUGCGGGUGCAACGCGCCGCGGCGCAAAAAUCGGACGAUGUUGCUCGAGCAACACUCGCUGCGGCGCAACAGCACCACGCACAGCAGGUGGCGCAGCUGCGGGAUGCUUGCGAAGCGGCACGGCAUGAGGCGGCAUCCAUGGCCGCCCAGCUCAAUAUCGCAGCCAUUCCACGAGACGCGAGCAGCGGUCACCCCACCGCUGCUGUCGCGCCCUUUGUGUCCUCUCUCAACGCUUCCCGCGAGGCCCGCUACGAAGCACGUAUCCGCUCGCUGGAGCAGCUCUUGCUCGAGUGCGCCGCGACGCGCAUGUCGUCGGCUAUAUGGGACGUGCCUGUCUCUCAGACACGGACGUGGCGCGGUUCCGAGGUGCCGCUAGCGCUUCUGAGGGAGCCAGUCGGGAGGCUCCUCGACUUCAGCACCCGCGAUGCGUGCGCCGCGUCCGCCAAGGCGCUCUUUCAGACACCAACUACGUCGCCCUAG